AUGGAGGCGAAGAUAUUGAGUGCUGUUAAGACGGAGUUCCCGCCCUGCUGCUUGCAGAUAUACGACGAGGAGUAUAUCAUAGUUGGUACGUAUGAGUUGGACAAGGACACCGGGUACAGGUUUGGUUCUGUCGAUGUAUUUGACUCUGAAUUGAAGCUCUUGCACAGCUAUAGGACUUACGGAGCAGUGCUGGACUUGAAGCUGAGUCCCUUUGAUGAUACGCUGGUCGCAACUGCGCACUCCACUGGUAAUGUGGAGUUGUGGAGAAUAGUUAGGGAUGACGGGGUCUCGCUGGAGCGUGUGUCUAAUUUGCAAGUGUUUGAUCCCGAGACUCUAAUUGCGUCUUUGCACUUCUCCCCAUUGAGUCCCGCUACGUUGCUGCUCACCGCUACCACUGGUGAAACCAGCACCAUCGAUAUUGAGUAUGGGGACAUAGGUUUCUCCACUGAUAAUGUGUAUAAAGCAUACCAAAAACAGGAAAAGAUCGAAAUUAAAGUUCAAGGUGAACCACAGUGGGCGCUGGAAUGCGAAAGUCAGGUAUUCGAUGAGCAACACAGCCUGCAGUGCUGGACUGCCGAGUUUGGCAAAAUCCAUCCGUUGGAGAACGUGGUCUUCACCGGUGGUGACGAUGCCACUAUCAUGGCCCAUGAUCUAAGAUCAAAGGAAUUGAUCUGGUCCAACAGUAGGAUACAUGACGCAGGCGUGGUGGCCAUCAAGACUAGCUCUCCGACUUUCAGAUAUGACCAGCCCACCUCACUUAUCACAGGUGCGUACGAUGACCACAUUAGAACUUUUGAUCUGCGUAUGCUCGAAGAUGACAUAUACCCUGGUCGCAACAUCCCGGUGCAAAACACCCGUCAGUUGAACCUUGGUGGUGGGGUAUGGAGAUUUAGCGAAAAGCCUAGAGAGGACAACUUACCAACAAAUGAACAGCUUGUUUGCUGCAUGUACGAUGGUGCAAAGAUUGUCAAGAUUGAUGACUCUACUGAAGAUUAUUUCUCGGUGACUAACUAUUUGAAGAAAGGCCACGAAUCGAUGUGUUACGGUGGUCAAUGGGGCAAGAAAUUUAUUGCUACUUGCUCCUUUUAUGAUAAAUCAUUGCAGACAUGGGUAAAAGACACCAAUUGA